AUGGGCACACACGGUGACCACCAGCCUCCAUCAAAGAGACCUCGCCGAGAAAGCGCUCGCAUGCAGAAUGCCAAUGCCAUUCUGGCUCGAGAUGAGGAGAAUCCGCUGCAACCUUACAUUCUCCAUUUUGACGAUAUCGGUCUCCUCGAUCCCCACAAUCUUCACGACAUAAUCCUCGAGUUGAGCGAACCUUUCCAGCAAUCCACAAUCUGGCUUAUCUUCUGUGAGAACGCGGGGUUCAAAAGCAAGAUAUCGGAAAUCUACGCCCAGUGGCGGCCCGUGAGUCUCCGCCCAAAUAUUAAAACCAUCGAGCUGAACAAGACUCCCCAGAUCCGUGGCCUUACCAUCGACGACAUUGAGACUUGUAGAGACUCGACUUACAAGAACAAUACCGUACACUACCGCUGGUAUUUCAUGCCCUCCCGACUCAAUGGACGAUGGUUGGCUGACAUCAACGUAAAGGGGAGCCCAUGCAAUCUACAGCCGGGCCACCAUGACGUACUUCAAGCUCAUGCGAGAGGCCAAAGGCCGAGGCUUAAUCUUCUUGAGCAUGGAAGCUGCCAAAAAGGUCCUGGACUACAUACCUUCCUGGAGAUGUGGCAGGAAUCAAUCAAAAUGAUAGAGGAAGGGAAUCUUCAUGAGACAUCAACUCUACAGGAUUCUGGGACGAUGGCACCGGAGGCUUCCGGCCGGGACUUAAAAAAGUCACCACUUGCCCCGGCAAUCCACCUUCCUUUGGAGAAAGUUGAGCCCUCGAAAACCAAUCAGCAACUCGAUGACAUAAUCUCCUCACUGAAAAUGGUACCAAGCAACGUCACACCAGCACUCAAAGACGUGUUUGGCUUGGAUCACCUCAAGAAGACUCUUCUAGUGACUAUUCAAACUAUUCAAGGUCGUCAACGUCAUCCACACUUAUCCCCACCAAGAGGCUUAAAUGGCUUUUUAAUCUUCGGACCACCUGGGAUUGGCAAGUCAGUCCUCAUUGCCGCCCUAGCGAAAGAGGUCUCUUGGAGCUUCUAUCAAAUCAACUCUGGGAGCGACGCCCCAAAAUUCGCGGGCAAGACAGAGAAGUUAGCAUUCCCACUUGUAUUAUAG